GGCAGUUGAGCCUUCGUUUCUACACUCUGUUCAAAAUUUUUCUACACUUUUUCAUUUGGUUUCCCAUAGAAAAGGAAAAACAACAAAAAAAUAGGAGGUUUGGGUAUGCUUCAGGGAUUCGUCGUGUGAUCGCCACAACCAUGCCGGUCACCUAUAAGACACGCUCAUUACCGCAACAAAGGCGUCUGGUGCCGAACCUGCUGCGAUCGAUACUCCACGUCCUGGAGGAGAACCAUCGACCCAUGACCGACUCCGAGUUGCUCUCCGCACUGGCGAUCCAGUACCGCCGCAACGAUCCCGAGUUCUACCGCCAAGUGCAGCUCAAUCUGCGCGAUGGCGUCGAAUACGGCAUCUUGAAGCGACAAAGGAACCUCUUCUCACUCCGCUCCCGACGCCUGGGCGAGCUGAUGGCCACGCUGGGUAGCCCGUCACACUAAAUGGGAAUCCAAUAACUCAGCUCUGGACUGAAACCACUGGAAUCGAAGCCGAAACGUGUUAAUAAACCUGGAACUCUAA